AUUUUUAGCAACUCUGUUAUCAAUUCACGUACGGCGAUGUUUAUUUUGUUAGUCUUUGUACUUCGGUGUUAAAAAUCUGGACAAAAAAGAAAAAAGUUGACAAAUGUGAAAUAAGGAAAAAAUGUCUGAACUUUGUGAAUCUCUUGAAGAAUCGUGUACCAGGCGCUUAAAGUUACUCGAAUCUGUCAUAUUGGAACAUGGCAUGUCCCAAGGCAUGCUCUUGGUGGCUGACAACAAGGAAAGUGAAGAUGAAAUAUUACCACCCCAUGGCAAAGCGAUUUCAGUUGAAACAUUAUUAGAUGCACUACUCCUGCUCUAUGACGAAUGUUCAAACUCUUCGCUAAGAAGAGAAAAGACGGUAUCAGAUUUUAUAAAAAUAGCCAAACCUGUGGUAUCAUUAGUAAAAAAAUUACGCCUGUCUCGAGAUGAUUUUGAGAUUAUAAAAAUUAUUGGCCGAGGUGCCUUUGGAGAAGUGUGCGUAGUUCGUAUGAUCAGUACCCAAAAAAUAUAUGCCAUGAAAAUUCUUAAUAAGUGGGAAAUGUUAAAAAGAGCAGAAACAGCGUGUUUUCGCGAGGAGCGUGAUGUUUUGGUAUACGGCGACCGCCAAUGGAUAACGAAUUUACACUACGCCUUUCAGGAUGACACAAAUUUAUACUUAGUCAUGGAUUACUACUGUGGAGGUGAUCUGUUGACGCUACUUAGCAAAUUUGAAGAUCGUUUGCCAGAAGAUAUGGCAAAAUUCUAUAUAGCUGAAAUAAUACUUGCUAUCCAUAGCAUCCAUCAAUUGCGAUAUGUCCAUCGUGACAUUAAGCCAGACAAUCUUGUAAUUGAUGUUAACGGACAUAUACGUCUUGCCGAUUUCGGGUCAUGCUUACGCCUCGGCACAGACGGCAAAGUUCAAUCUAAUGUAGCAGUUGGUACCCCCGAUUAUAUAUCUCCUGAAAUUCUUCGAGCUAUGGAGGAUGGACAGGGUAGAUACGGUGCUGAGUGCGAUUGGUGGUCGCUAGGGGUGUGUAUGUAUGAAAUGCUAUACGGUGAGACGCCUUUUUAUGCCGAAAGUCUAGUGGAGACUUAUGGAAAAAUUAUGAAUCACCAGAAUUGCUUUGAUUUCCCCCCGGAAGAGAGUACACACAAAGUGUCAGAUUCUGCCAAGGACCUCAUUAAACGACUCAUAUGUGCUCCCGAAUUUCGCUUAGGUCGAAAUGGUCUAGAAGAUUUUAAAUCACAUCCAUGGUUCGAAGGCGUCGAUUGGGAUCACUUGCGAUUGGGCCCAGCUCCAUAUGUACCCGAUGUAUCCAGUCCAACAGACACGUCAAAUUUCGAUGUUGAUGAUAACACAAUAAGGCAUUCUGAAAGCGUACCGCCAACAUCGAAUCCAGCAUUUUCUGGCUUUCACCUCCCCUUUGUUGGUUUUACAUUUACCCAGAACAGCUGCUUAUCCGAUUUAGGCAAAUUCGAUAUAAAUAUAGUGAGUACUCGAAAGGAAAGUUUGGAUGGCAUGGAUAUUUCAUUCUUGAAUACUCUCAAACAUGAGCUACUCAACGAAAAGAAUUUGUCGCCAGAAAUCACACGGCAAAUUUUAAACGAAAUCAAAAUCUUCAGCAAAAAUUCACAAGGAAUUGAGGGCAUUAGAUCAGUGGGGGAUAAAGAAACCCAAUCAUUAAAUACGGAAUCUCUAGAGCUCGAUGGGGCAUCGAAAGCUCAAUUGCAAGAACUAGAUAAGGAGAUUAACGAACUAAAGCGUGAAAAAUUAGAGUUAAUAAAGGAGUACAAUGAUGCUAUGGAACGCAUUAAACAACAAGAUUCAGAAUUAAAAGAUGCAAUAAGCCAAAGAAAUCUAGCAAUGAUGGAGUAUUCAGAGGUCACUGACAAACUUUCUGAACUUAGAAGUCAAAAACAAAAACUGUCAAGACAGGUACGAGAUAAGGAAGAAGAACUCGAGACUGUUAUGAAAAAGAUAGAUAGCCUGCGGCAGGAUCUUAGAAAAUCGGAUAAAAGUAGAAGAGAGCUUGAAAUGCGCAUUGAAGAUGCGUUGACCGACAUAGCAACGGAGAAAAAGCAAAGAGAACGCACAGAAGAAUUUUGCCGUCAAUUACAAGAUGAAUUGAACAAAAAGAAGAAUUCAGACGUCUCAUAUGCUGGAUCCAAUUUCAACUCUGAUGCUUCACGUUAUGAAAUCGAACGUAUUGAGAUACAAUGUACAGAAAAGUUAAACCAGCAACAGGCCAGAUAUAAUCUGGAAAUCUCUGCUCUAAGGGAGCAACUAAAGGAAGCCGAAAAGUAUCAAGAGACACUGCUCAACGAAUUACAACACAAUCGAGAGAAAUAUGAAUCUAGCAAACUAGAUACAUUUAGUGACACAACAGAUACCAUUUCUGAACUCAAAGAAGACUACGACAAGGAGAGAAAUAUAUGGAUGGAGGAAAAGCAGAGACUUCUCAUGGAAGUUGAAUUACAAAAUCAAAAAACUCUUCAGAUGCAAGCUAAACAAAGUGAAUUCGAGGAUAACUUUGAAGAACUAAAAUCUAAACGUCAGGCAAUAAGUCAAUGGGAGAAGCAAAUGUCUGAAAUUAUACAGUGGGUAUCGGAUGAAAAAGACGCCAGGAGUUAUUUGCAGGCUUUAGCAACAAAGAUGACCGAGGAGUUGGAGUAUUUGAAGCAUUCUGGUCCCUUCUAUAAGAAAAACAAUGAUAACAAUAAGAAUUGGCGAAAUAGAAGAUCACAGAAAUUGGAUAAAAUGGAAUUACUUAAUUUACAAUCAUCAUUGCAGUCCGAAAUUCAAGCAAAAGCAGCUAUAUCUGAUGAAUUGAGUAAAACUCGUGCCGAAUUGAUAGCCACCCAAAAGGAUUUAAAUGAAUGUCGCAAACGUUGCGAAUCGGCAAUUUACGAACUACAUUAUAAGGAGAAUCAAUUGAGAGAUAUUCAGAAGGGUUUAGAAUCAUCAAAGGGCUUUUUGGAGAGAUCAAAUUCACAGGUAUCUUAUAAUUAUUUCAAUAAAGAAGCAGCAGCUAUUUUCAAAGAAUCAGAUCCAAAUAUCUGUGGUAUGUCACUAGGUGAUACGAUGAUGAAUUCCUCGUCGAAUAUAUUCUUUUCGGAUGAUGAACAACGACAGCAACAGUUGCAACAAAUGUCAACAAUGUUUAGUGGUACUAGCUAUCCAAUGAAUUUGUCGCCUGAACACAAUCUAUCUUAUGGGGAAGAGGGUAAAACUCGUAUUAGUAAUUCAAGUUCAAAAAGUAAUUUGAGUUGUAAAUCAACAGAGCUUCAUCAGCAACAGCAGCAGCAAGCAUCAGGCGUACACAAGCAAAAGAUUCAUCAGUUUUUGGUUCGUACUUUUAGCAGCCCUACGAAAUGUAACCAUUGCACAUCGUUAAUGGUGGGCCUAACGAGACAGGGAGUUGUGUGUGAGAUUUGUGGGUUUGCCUGUCAUACAAACUGCUGUCAAAAGGUUCCUACUAUAUGUCCUGUACCAAAUGAUCAAACCAAACGGCCGUUAGGCAUCGAUCCAACUCGUGGAAUUGGAACUGCGUAUGAGGGCUAUGUAAAGGUACCAAAACAGGGUGUUGUUAAGCGCGGCUGGGUACGCCAAUUUGUGGUAGUUUGUGAUUUUAAGCUGUUUCUAUACGACAUUUCGGCAGAUCGCAGCGCUUUACCUUGUGUGAACGUCUCACAAGUGCUGGAUAUGAGAGAUACGGAGUUUGCAGUUACCAGCGUAAGAGAAAGCGACGUCAUUCAUGCUGCUAAAAAGGACGUGCCAUGUAUAUUUAAGAUAAAAACAUCAUUAAUUGAUGGCGGGCCAUGCCUAAAUACUCUAAUGUUGGCGGAUAAUGAAUCGGAGAAAACCAAAUGGGUAGUUGCCUUAAGCGAAUUACAUCGAAUUCUAAAGCGAAAUAAUCUUCCAAACACAGCAAUAUAUAAAGUUAAUGAAAUUUUAGAUAGUUCUCUGGCUCUAAUGCGAAACGCACUAAGUGCUCUUAUCGUGUAUCCCGAUCAAUUGUUACUGGGUACUGAUGAUGGUCUCUAUUGCAUAAACUUUGAGCAAUAUGAAAUUGCACGCAUUGGCGAUAGCAAGAAAAUCAUUCAAAUUUGGUAUAUUGAGGAGGAGCAUAUUCUAGUACUGCUCUGCGGCAAGCAGAGACACAUACGUCUUCUUCCGAUUCGCGCGCUGGAAUGCAGUGAUGUCGAAUGGAUCAAAGUAGUCGAUUCUAAGAAUUGCGUUGCUGCUUGCACGGGCAUUAUCAAACGUAUGCCCACGUUAGUUUAUUGCUUUGUGGUUGCCUUGAAGAAACCAACCAAUCAAACCCAAAUAAUUGUUUAUGAAAUCAAUCGUAAUCGCUUGCGACACCAAAAAAUGUGUGAAUUCACUGUGGCCUAUACAGUACAAUGUGUUCAAAUACUUUCCGACAUGAGAUUGGUUAUAGGUCAUCAAAGCGGUUUCACCGCCUACUUAUUACAAGGAGAAGCAACAGCCAUGUCGUUAAUUCAUCCCGAAAAUCAACUUUGUGCCUUUCUAAAUUAUUCUGGCGUGGAUGCUAUACGUGUUAUAGAAAUACAAUGUGCGGGAGGAGGUUAUGGCGAAUAUCUCUUGGUCUUCCAAACUCUCGCCAUAUAUGUUGAUUUACAAGGUCGCAAGUCGCGUGACCGUGAGAUUAUGUAUCCAGCUGUACCUUCAAAUAUAACAUAUUCGGAAGGACACUUGUUGGUAUUUUCAGAAACUCAUCUGGAUAUAUUCAAUACACAGACUGCCGAAUGGGUACAAUCUAUUGGUCUUAAGCGAUCAUCGCCACUAAGUCAACAAGGAAAUAUAGUUUUAACACAUGUCAAUGAUACACCAAAUGUUGUUUAUUUAGCCAAUAUUCACACAAAGGGUUUAUUCCAGUCUAAAAACUUAAAACGCAUUAGUGGCGUGAACACAAAACGACGUUUCUCAAUGAGAGAAAUUAAUAAAACUAUUAAAAACACCGACAGAAGAUCGAAAAUGAUUUCAGCGCCUACAAACUUUAAUCAUAUAUCGCAUAUGGGUCCUGGGGAUGGAAUUCAAAAUCAACGCCUUUUGGAUUUACCAACAUCUAUCGAGAGCCCUAAUGAAUCUCGUAGUCAAUUGUUAAGCAUGAUACAGCCCGAUAUGGCAUCUUUGAAACAAUUUAGGCAACUUAAAAUAGGUCACAACAAUGGAAUGAUGCAAAAGAGCACAAUGCAUGAUCAGCAAUCAGAACACAAUUAUUCAGAAUCUCGGUCGCCGAGUCCAUUUGGCAAUGAAUCAUCAUCUUUUAAAGACAUGUUUGAGGAUGAGCUAUCUUUCAGUGCUCAACUUAUGAAUGAUGGAAAUCAGCAGUGACAUUCACUACGUUCGAUAUUUUCCAUAUUUUCUGAGCAACAUACCUAGAUUUGUGCAAUACAGUGAGAGAGAGAAAGAGGAAAAUUGUGAGGCCACGAGAAAGCUUCCUUUCACUUAAAACAAACAAAAAGAGAGAUUAACUUGUUAAAACUGAUCUCAUCGGCAAAUAAACUGAUUUAUUUAUUUAGAAGGGAACGGAACGGAACGUCGUAAUCUUAUAUAAUUCGAAUUACAUAUUAACAUAAAUAUAUACAUACAUACAUAUAUCUAUUCAUGCAUAAAACACAUACUAAUCCAAUAUAAUACAUUUAUUUGACUUUUUUCAUAUUUUACGAUACUGAAAUCGAUCGAAAAUUAUAUUUAUAUAUAAACACACAUCCACACAAACUAAUACUUUUAUUAAUAUUGUAUGAUAUUGAGUUUAAUAAUUUUGCAUAUACAUACUUUACAUUAUAACUACAUACAUACAUACAUAAUACAUACAUACUAUCUAUAUACUUACCAUACAUAAAAACAUGUUAGAUUAAAUUAUUAAUUGCAAAAAUAUUUGUAUUCAUACAUACAUACAUACUCUAUUUUGUUAAGUAUUGUAUUAUUUUUUAACUAAUUUAGAUUAUUACGGUUUCACAGGGAUGUAGACGUGUUAAUUUGUAUCACUGUAAGGAGAUCAUACAGUUGUAGCAAAAAAAUAAUAAAUUUCUAUGUCCACUACUUUGUGAUGCCUUUAAGAUUUAAAUUAAAACUUUAUUUUUUUUUUAUUUUAUAACGGAUCAGCUUAAAAUAUGCUAAAAAAUUAAAAAGAAGAAUAAAGUAGACAACUUAACAUUUACAAAUUUA